CUUCAACUAAUGUCCUACCAUCCAGUGAAACAAAAACUUACGACACAUCUAGUGUUACACCCUCCACCAGUCACUUAGCAGUGUCCAACGCAACUACACAGUAUGUCUUUACCAACAGUGGAGCAAAAAACGACAAUGAAACUACAGCAAACAAUAAAAGUACCAAAAGCAACAUAGUAGCAAAUACUACAAGUAAUACCAGUCCUCCCUCUUUUACAAACAUACAAAAUGUAACAUCUCCAACCCAUACUCCAAUAAAACUGGAGAAUGGAACUACAGAGACAAACAAUCUUUUAACAGCUGCUGUUUCAAAUUACACAAAGCCAUAUUUAACACUUAGCACCUAUGAACAAACUACUGCCUACAAUGCUACAACACCCGGCAGAACAGAACAUCAUGUAGCAACUCCUAGCAACAAUAGCACUCUAAUUCACAAUGAUACAACACCCAGCAACAAUUACACAGCAGUCAGCAAAGCUGCAACACAUCCUGAGAAUUACACAAAUGUGUACAAUACUACAACACCUGGCAAGCAGUACACAACAGUCUAUGGUACAACACCAAGCAACAAUCACACAACCUACAAUCCUCUAACACCUAGCAGUGAAAACACAGCAGUCUACAAUACCACAAACCAAAACAAUAGUAUCCAAACAAUGAUCCAGAAUGCUGUAACAUCCAGGGAGAAUAAUACAACAGUCAACAAUGUUACCCAACCCAGCAACAACCACACAACAGUGUAUAAUGCAACAACACACAGGAACAACAAUACAACAGAGUUCAAUGCCACAAACCGCAACAACAUUCAGACAACCCACAAUGCUACCACACUCAGUCAGACAGCAGCCCAGAAUGCCACAACACCAACCAACCAUUACACAACACUCAGCAAUCCCACAACACUCACUGACAAUCAAACAACUGUAGAAAAUUCCAUAAUACCCAGCAACAAUCAUACAACAUUCUAUGCUACUAUAAAACCCAACAACAAUUACACAACAAUCCGCAAUCCUACAACACCCAGCAACAAUAACACAGAACUCUAUAACACAACACCCAGCAACAACCACACAACAUUCUAUAGUGCUACAACACUCACAGACAAUCAAACAAUUGUCUACAAUGCAACAACACCCAGCAACAUUCCCAAAACACCAAACAGUAACACAACAUUCUAUAAUGCUACAACACUCACAGACAAUCAAACAGUGUACAAUGCCACAACAACCAGCAUCGAUCACACAACACCGUCCAAUCCUACAACAAACAGCCAUAACACAAUGUUCUACAAUGCUACAACACUCACUGACAAUCAAACAACUGUAGGCAAUUCCACAUUGCCCAGCAACAUUCACACAACCUACAAGUCCACAACACCAAACAACAGUAACACAACAUUCUAUAAUGUCACAACACCAAGUAACAAUCACAUAACACCCUUCAAUUCUACAACACGCAGCAAUAGCCACACAACACUCUACAGUCUUACACCAAGCAACAAUUACACAACACCCUCCAAUCCUUCAACAAGCAACAAUAACACAACACCCUCCAAUCCUACAACAAGCAACAACAACACAACACCCUCCAGUCCUACAACAGCAAGCAACAAUAACACAACACCCUCCAAUCCUACAACAAGCAACAAUAACACAAAACCCUCCAAUCCUACAACAAGCAACAAUAACACAACAACCUCCAAUCCUACAACAAAAAGCAACAAUUACACAACACCCUCCAGUCCUACAACAAGAAGCAACAAUAACACAACACCCUCCAAUCCUUCAACAAGCAACAAUAACACAACACCCUCCAGUCUGACAAGCAACAAUAACACAACACCCUCCAAUCCUACAACAACAAGCAACAAUUACACAACACCCUCCAAUCCUAUAACAAGCAACAAUAACACAACACCAUCCAAUCCUACAACAAGCAACAAUUACACAACAUCAUCCAGUCCUACAACAAGAAGUAACAAUAACACAACACCCUCCAAUCCUACAAGCAACAAAAGCACAACACCCUCCAAUCCUACAAUAAGCAACAAUAACACAACACCCUCCAAUCCUACAACAACAAGCAACAAUUACACAACACCCUCCAAUCCUACAACAAGCAACAAUAACACAACACCCUCCAAUCCUACAACAACAAGCAACAAUUACACAACACCCUCCAAUCCUACAACAAGCAACAAUAACACAACACCCUCCAAUCCUACAACAACAAGCAACAAUUACACAACAACCUCCAACCCUUCUACAGGCAACAAUAACACAACACCCUCCAAUCCUACAACAAAAAGCAACAAUUACACAACACUCUCCAGUCCUACAACAAGCAACAAUAACACAACACCCUCCAAUCCUACAACAAGCAACAAUAACACAACACCCUCCAAUCCUACAAUAAGCAACAAUAACACAACACCCUCCAAUCUUACAACAAGCAACAAUAACACAACAUCCUCCAAUCCUACAACAAGCAACAAUAAGACAACACCCUCCAAUCCUACAAUAAGCAACAAUUACACAACACCCUCCAAUCCUACAAUAAGCAACAAUAACACAACACCCUCCAAUCCUACAAUAAGCAACAAUAACACAACACCCUCCAAUCCUACAACAACAAGCAGCAAUAACACAACACUCUCCAGUCCUACAACAAGCAACAAUAACACAACACCCUCCAAUCCUACAACAAAAAGAAACAAUUACACAACACCCUCCAAUCCUACAAUAAGCAACAAUAACACAACACCCUCCAAUUCUACAAUAAGCAACAAUAACACAACACCCUCCAAUCCUACAACAACAAGCAACAAUAACACAACAAGCUCCAAUCCUACAACAAGCAACAAUAACACAACACCCUCCAAUCCUACAACAAGCAACAAUAACACAACACCCUCCAGUCCUACAAGCAACAAUGACACAACAACCUCCAACCCUUCUACAGGCAACAAUAACACAACACCCUCCAAUCCUACAACAAAAAGUAACAAUUACACAACACCCUCCAAUCCUACAACAAGCAACAAUAACACAACACCCUCCAACCCUUCUACAGGCAACAAUAACACAACACCCUCCAAUCCUACAACAAAAAGCAACAAUUACACAACACCCUCCAAUCCUACAACAACAAGCAACAAUAACACAACAUCCUCAAGUCCUACAACAAGCAACGAUAACACAACACCCUCCAGUCCUACAACAACAAGCAACAAUAACACAACACCCUCCAAUCCUACAAUAAGCAACAAUAACACAACACCCUCCAAUCCUACAACAAGCAACAAUAACACAACAUGCCCCAGUCCUACAAUAAGAAGCAACAAUAACACAACACCCUCCAAUCCUACAAGCAACAAUAACACAACACCCUCCAAUCCUUCAACAAGGAGCAACAAUAACACAACACCCUCCAGUCCUACAACAAGAAGCAACAAUAACACAACACCCUCCAAUCCUACAACAACAAGCAACAAUAACACCACACCCUCCAAGUCUCUCACACUCAUUGACAAUGAAACAACUGUCUACAAUGCCACAACACCAAGCAACAACCGCACAGCACUCUAUAUUGCUACAACAGCCAGUUACUUAAUGGAACACAAGACAACAACUAUCAACAUUCAUACAACAGACCAAACAUCCAGCAGGAGUUACUUACCAGAAAGCAAUGCUCCAACACCCAGCAGCACCUAUGCAACAGAGCACCAAGUUACAACCAGAAACAAUCACGCGACAGCCUACGAAGCUACUCAACCUAGCAUCAAUUUGACAACCUUACACAAACCCAACACGUCAAGCAACAAUUACACAACAAAUCCGAACAUAGCAACCAUCUCCAGCAAUUUUACAAAUAUGUAUAAUACUACACUAAGACAUGAUUUAACAACUGCAUCACCCAAUAACCCAACUAGCAAAGCUGUAGCAGUACGCAACACAACUAAACAUGAUGAUUCCACCACUUUGUACACUACAACUAAGUCUUCUAUCAAUUACACAACAGCAACUGAACCACCUCAUAAGGCAACGACUUUCUUCAGCACAACUAUUGCACCAGUUGUAGAACCACAACAAAACACAACCUCUGCCAAAAGCACGACAGUUGUAGCAGCUACGACAAAAGUUACCAAUACUACACGUCCACACUUUACUACAGAAAGUAGGACUUCAGUUCCUGACAACACAAAACCAACAGAAGCUUCUUUUAUUAACCGGACUGAAAACCAGACCACAGUCAGUGUGACUCGCUUGACAACUGUACCCAAAAAUUACAGCAGCUCCACCGCAGUUGUCAGCACUGUUCAAGAGAAUAAACCAUUAAGUUACAACUCAGCGACUCCUGUCAUUGCUGCCACUACUUCUACACCUACGACCGCGCACAAUCCAACAAAUCAAAGCACAACUACAACUAAAGAGUCUUCAUCCGCUACGCAAACAACUCUCCUGACCACCAAAACUACAACAACCACAGUGGCCAGGACGGGAACUACUUUGACAACCACUGUGAAUUCCAGUACAAGUGCGAAAAGUAAGGAGGAACAGGCAAAUCAGUUGUUGAAUCAAACAGAAGAUGUGUCUAAGCUAAACUCUUCUCAGGUGUCUAAAUUGUUGGAUGACCUGAAGGAAAUUCUGGUGGGCCCAACUGUAUCUCAAUCAGUGGGACAAAAAGUCCUUGAUGUCAUAAGCAACCUCAUAAAUGGUGACCCAGAGGUUCUGUCUGGAUCAACAAAUAGAUUGAUUCAUAUGGUCGAUAAUUUGGCUCUUAAGCUGGAAGUUGCCGACAUCGCCGUCUUGUCCUCAGCCUCUCUGGUUCUGGCAGUAAAGACAGUGGACUGGACCAACUUUCCUGAAACCUCUGUUGAGAUUUUAGACAUCAAUGAUGUACAGCUCCGACGUGUCAGGAGUUCCCGGGUCAAAAGGUCAGCUCCUGCUCUGGGCUCAGUGGACUUGCCCUCCUCCAUAACAUCAGGUCUCAGUCAUGAAGAGAAGCAACAGGCCAGCAGAGUCCAGUUCACUUUCUACAAAACAAAUUCCCUCUUUAAGGAUUCCAGUUUAGACAACCAAACGGCUGUCAGUCCAGUUCUCGGGUCCAGUGUGGCUAAUCUGUCCAUCAGCAACCUGAAGGAGAACAUCACGUUUACCAUCACUCACAGCAAUUUAACUCAAGAUAACGUCACAUCAUGUGUCUUCUGGAAUUUCACAAAGAAAAACGGUUCAGGGGGCUGGGAUGACACCGGCUGCUUCGUCGUCAGCGCCACUCCUGAAUACACAACCUGCAGCUGCAAUCAUCUCACCUCCUUUGCGAUACUGCUGGAUUUAUCCAGAGAGGGAAUACCUAACCCACAGCAGGCCAUGAUAUUGACUUUCAUCACCUACAUUGGAUGUGGAAUAUCUGCGGUUUUUCUAGCCGUCACCCUGAUAACAUAUAUGUUAUUUGAAAAACUCCUCCGUGACAUUCCAGCCAAGAUCCUGGUCCAGCUCUGCUUGUCCCUCCUGCUCCUCAACCUGGUCUUUCUGCUGGACGGCUGGCUGUCCAACUACAAAAACGUCAACCUGUGCAUCAGCACUGCCUUUUUCCUGCACUACUUCCUGUUGUCCUCGUUCACGUGGGCGGGGCUUGAAGCUCUGCACAUGUACCUGAGCAUCGUGCGCGUGUUCACGCCCUACCUGAGUAAAUACAUGCUGAAGUUCUCCCUGAUGGGUUGGGGUAUCCCUCUCAUUGUGGUGGUCAUUAUUGUAGCAGUGGACAAAAACAACUAUGGUCUGGUUCCAAAUGGAAAAUACGAAGAUGGGACGUCUGACAAGUUCUGCUGGCUGCGUAAUGACGUCGCCUUUUAUGUGGGCGUGGUCGCCUACUUCCUCCUCAUUUUUGUCUUGUGUCUGGUGGUCUUCAUCGUCGUUAUGGUCCAGCUGUCCCGGAUCAAGAAGCAGAACCCUCACAACCAGUCUCCCAACCGGAGCUCCAUGACCGACAUCAGAAGCAUCAUCGGCCUUGUCCUGCUGCUCGGCCUCACCUGGGGCUUCGCUCUGUUUGCCUGGGGAAAAGCCAGGCUCGCCUUUUUAUACCUGUUCACCAUAUGCAACUCUCUGCUAGGUUUGUUUGUCUUCAUUUUCCACUGUGCGGUAAAGGAAAAUGUCCGCAGGAUGUGGAGGACGUUUCUGUGUUGCGGAAAUUUGCGUCUGGCUGAGAACUCAGAAUGGAGCCGGACUGCCACACAGAACAAGUUGUCGGCUGCUACGGCUACAACAUCGCCUAAUCAACACAGCAACCGUAGCUCCUCCCUCGGCAGCAACCUCACCAACAGCAACAGCUCUGUGUUUAGCGGAAUAUCGGACUUCUCCAACAGCAACGUUGUCCUCAUUGAGUUUCGCUGGCAGAGCCCGUCUCUGCAAGGCGAACCCUGAUGGGAAGAGAUUAGUGAGGCUGGAAGCUAAUUGUAGAUGAAGUCUAAAAAAGGUUGAAUGAAGGAGGAAAAUAUUUCAAAGCAGAGGAAGACUGAAAAAAGCCAACUUCUACAGGAGACCAAGACAUGUCAUUAUUUCCACAAUGAAAGUAGAUAGAUAAAUAGAUAGACAGACAGGUGGGCAAAUAUUUAUUUUUUUAAUAAUACAGGAAGAACAUUAGAAGAGGUAUGGCUUGUUUAUGACUGUAAAUUCUAAAUAUUUCACUGUUAGAGCUGAGACUCAAUCGUUUAACUGCAAGUAAGAUGAUAAGUGUAAUAGGAGCCUUUUAGCAGUUUGACUGUCAUGAUGCUGCUUUGCUGUCAAUGAAUUUACAUAAUCAUAAUAAAACUGUGCCAAACUCAACUA